UCAUUUGAGCGUGAAACGGCGUGACUUAAAGCAGGUGUUUCAGCAUGAAAGGCGAAAAUGUGGUUGGCCGUCCAUAUUUUGAUAGCUUUAUUAAGUUUGUUACAAGAUUGCCAAACUAGUAAAUCUGUGGAGCACGCAAGUCAAAAUGCAACAGCCACGAAGAUUCUACAUCGUGAGAAGCGAAUCGUCUACACCUACAACAGCGCUACAGGAAUUCUAGCUGCCUUAUCGGUUCCGCUGAUCAUUCCAAACAGAAACAUCUUUGUGUCGUACAAUUUCGAAAUGAACUACAACAUGCCAUCGGAUGCAACAGAUUAUACUCAAGGAGUUCUGAAACGGGUCGAAUCACCUGACAUUCAAACCAAAAGGAAUUCAGGAAGGCAGCUCAGUGAGGUGAAGCGAACGGCAACUUAUACCAGAAAGAAAAUCUACCGAUCGAUCGAGGUCAAUAUGAAGAGGCUUGGCUUCAAUGGAAAACGAUGCAUUCUGCGAGCGAUUUGCGAAGCUUCGGAUACCCCGCUGUGCGAACAUAACGGAGUCUUGGGGGAUCUGAUUCAUAUAUUGCUAACGCCAUCGCACUCAAAGGAUGAACAUUUGCCACCAGAGUUUUACCGGGCGGAGAAAAUGGGACAUAAACACGACUGCAGCCGAUAUUGGAGGCACUGUCCCAAGAGUCUGCUGGAUGUGAUAAGUGUACUAAUUUGAGGCAUAUUGGUUCGGAAAACAGCGGGCUUGUUUGCGUUUCGUACACGGCAAAUGUGAAGCUUUAAAAGAGGAGUGAUUCUAGGCAAUGACGCGUCGCUGCAAAUUCAUACUUAAGCAUCAUUUUAACCUAUCAAAUAAUGCAAUGUUUACAUAGAUUUUACCAGGAAUAAUCAAUAAGGCAAACGCUUUCAAGAUAUAUAACAUAUAAUGCUGGUAAGCUUCAAACAGCUAUCAUCGGUGUUAAAAGUACGACAAACAUCGG